AUGAAUCAUCGACGUCGGACGUCAAUGACUUCCACAUCUACAACUAGAUCAGUAAGAGAAUCGUCAAUGCAGAACAAGAAUUUUAGAAGUCCGAGUGUGGGUAGUGCGACUCCGAAAUUAGAAGAUGAUGAAGAUGGUAAAUUAAAAAGAUCAACAAGAGGUAGGAAUCCAUUACCACCUACUACAGGUCCCUUAUUCCCUCCUUUACCACCCAAACAACCCAAGAAUUCACCUAAAAACUCACCUCAAGCACCCUCACGAUCACCUGCCAUGCGUACACCCCAAACUCAGCCUCAAACCCAAUUCCUGAGUCAACUAGCGGCACCUCCAGAAAUAAUCACUCCUGCUUCCCCUCUUCUAAAAGAAACAACAAUAACAACAACAACACCAUCAGAGAUACCAACAGAUUUACCCAUAGAUAGCACAGCUCUAGACGAGGAUGCUAUAUCAGCUAGAUCGGCCAGUCCAGAGAAGAAUCAUGUGCAAAGCACAUCAAAUGCGAGUUUGACGCCUCCACCGCCUACAAGUGAAGAUACCACGGCCGAGGGUGAGGGUAAGGACGAUGAACAAAUCCCUCAAAAUGGGGAUGAGAAUGGGAAUGAGGGUGAAGAUGAUUGGCAUUCAUACAGACGUAGUAGACUGGUGAGAAAAUUUGGAAAUGGAGACGCAUCUUCAACUGCAUCUGGAUCUAAUCAAGUUCAGAUAGAAGUCAAAGAGGAACCCGAUAUAGACAACGAAGGUAUACAAGCUCCCGGGAAAGGUGAGAGUGAAGAAACACCAGUCAAAACUAGAAGAGGAUCAAGAUUACAUUAUCUGUCCAACGAGAAUACACCUUCAGCGUCUGCAUCAUUGCUUAAUUCAGAUAGAGAUAACAGGGCAGGUUCAGCUUCACGGCUGGGUAGGAAACGUAGAGGUGAAGAUGAAUUACUGCUAGAUGAUCAUCUCUUACCCGCUGAAAUAAGGAGGACGAAUACGUCAGCUAAAAAGGAGAAGAAAGAGGAAGUAGAAGAGGAGGAGAAAAGAGUUGAACCGGAAAUGGAACAAGAAGAAGAAGACGAGGAUGAUGUGGGUGCAGGUACAGGAAUAGAAGUUGAGGUUGAUGAAGAGGAAGAAGAUGAGGAUGAGGAGGAAGAAGUAAAGGAUGUGACACGUUGUGUCUGUCAAAAAGAAGACAUCGACGUGAUGAUGAUUCAAUGUGAUGAAUGUAACGUAUGGCAACAUGGUGAAUGUAUGGGUAUAUGGGGUGACGAAGAGGCUCCGGAUGAGUACUUUUGCGAGGAAUGUAAACCGGAGAGACAUCAAGCGUUGUUGAAAUGGAUAAGGAGACAGGGCAGAAAAUCCGGAUCUUUCAUCCCUCCCUUGCCCGAGAAUCUCGCGAAUCUUCAUAAUGAUAGAGAUCAGUAUCCACCUUCACAGUCGAAACGAUGGAUAGAACCAGAAGAACCUCCAGAGCCGUCUCCUCCCCCUAAACCAACUUCUCGUUCGCAUCACAAAAAGGAUCAGGCUAGUCCAGCCGCAGAAGAACAUGCACAUGAUGGACGUAGGAGUACUCGUGGCCGACAACCUGCACCUUCCAUUUCACGUGAAAAACCAGUAUCUACCUCGAGUAAGAAUGACAUUGUGAGACCCGUCUCUGUCAAAACUGCAUCAAAUCGUAAAGUCAGAGGGGUCUCCUCCAUCACACCUGAAAGAGAUUCGCAAUCACCACAACAAUCAUCCGCAAAAGAACCAAAGAAAAGGAGUACGAUGAAUUCAAGAGAUUCAGCAUACGAAGAAGCAGUCAAAGCUGCUUUAGAAGCUAGUAAGGCAGAUGCGUUGAGACCAACUCCAGAUGAGAUAGACGAAACGGCUACAGUGGAAGAAAAGGAGAUUGAACGAGGAGAAAAGAGGAGAAGAGAUGACGAGGAAGAAUCAGAAGAAAAAGAAAGAGCUAAAAAGGGAAAGAGGAAAAGGGAUGAUGACGAAGGUUCUACAGGCUCAGUUGAGCCAAGUGCGAACAAAGUUAAACAUCCGAAUCAAUACACAUACAGACCUAAACCUCCUUCUACUAUCCAGCAACCUGCUGCGGCUCCAUCACCCGCUCGCAGAGUAGCAGCUUCCACACCUGUUCCCUCGGCUCAACCAGCACACCAUGAACAUGGUACAAGGCGUGCAGGUGCAUUGGCAGCCGCACCAGUCAUAUAUCAUCCUUUAACGCCUGAAUCAGCAAAUCACCUAUCAUGGUUCUUACCUGAUCAUCUUUCAUCCUUUUCUGACCUAUUACCAGCACCUAAUCCGAACGCACUAGAAGUUCCAGCUCCUAGAGUUGUAAGUUAUCUACCUAGAAAUCAUUUCCAUAACCAGAAAUAUGGACCUUUCUCAGAAGAAAGAAACGAAAAGGGGAAAUUGGUUCUACCCGACGAACCUAGUGGAAGAGAGAUAAUCGGAGACAAACAAACACAAUUAGAUCCACCCGCUAGACCGCGUUAUCCAGUCAAACGAGUCACAACGGCUGAAAUGAGGAAGCGUGUAAGAAAUGUAUUGGAAUAUGUUGGUAGAAUACAGAUUGAAGAAGGUAAAAGACAACAGAGAGCUAAGUUGUUAGGAAUAAAUAUCAACUCCAAAUUUACCUCAACCAAAUCGAUACAGAAAGAGAACGAUAUGGGUGUUGAUGUUGGAAUCGAUAUGGAUGGUGAUAUUGAAAUGAACCAAGAACCCACCUCAACAGGGGAUGGUAUAAAGACAGUUGAAGACUCGACAACAACUGAAAACGAGAAUCAAGAUGAAAAUGGGAUUGACAACCAUCAAGGCGUAUCCAUUCAACUGAUGGAUGAGCUUACGAGGGAUUUGAUUGGUUUUCAAGAGUCUUUCAGUUCGAAUGGUAAUACGAUAAAUGGGAAUGGUUUUGGAUUUGCUUCACCUAUGACAUUAUCGAAUUCGACAUUUGGUAAUAAUCGCGUACCUCCAACUCCAACCCUACCGGCAGAUCCAUCUAUCCCUACAGUGACGGUACCUCAUGAGCCUACAGAAGUGAUAACAGAAGACACGAAUCCUGCAAUCCAGAUAGGUAAUGUUGAAAGUGAAGAUUUGAAAGGAAUGGAUGUCUAUAGACAAGGUAUUGUGAAUACUGUUGUGACAAGUGAAGAAGAGAAAGGAGCGGCUGAGAAGAUUAAUGAGAUAGUAGCUGAAGCUGCGGCAUAA